AUGCGUGGCUGCGUUGCUGUUGGGGCUGGACGGGAGACGGUGAAAGGACAAGAAUUUACAGACAAAGCGAAGAACUCGGUGAAGAACGAGGAAAAGACGGGCAGUGGCGGUCUGGACAAUCUCAAACAAGCCGCCUCGGACGCAUACCACGAUCUCCAAAACAAGGACUACAAGGGUGCUGCCGAGAAGAUCCAGAACCAGAUUAAAAAGUGAUGAACCAUAUAAGUCUUUAGUAUGAAUUUAUCAAGCUAUU